CACAUAGGCCUAAACAGCCUCUCCGCGAGCUUCCCGACGGUGCCAAUAACAUUGGACCAAGCCGAGCUUCUGCACCAGCACCGUCCUUGCCGUCGUACAAGCCACGCUCGACACCAAUGUUCUCCCGGCCUGAAGCUCCGCAAAAGGCAAUCGAGAGUCCUAAGAAUGCGAGCAAAUACGUGUUCCUCUCAAGCUCACCCACUAGUGAAGAGCCCGAGCAAGAGAACAUCGUUCAAGCGAAGUCCGAAGAGCCUGCGGACGUCGCACCUCCGACCUUCAGACCAGCAUCGACUCUUCACUCGACCACAAUGUCACAGGUUCAGCCUCAGCGCCGGACGCUAGGAAUGAGACGCAGCCUGCACGGCUGGAGCGCUGGCCGGAAAUGAAGCGCUGGCCGGAAAUGAAGCGCUUGCAAGGAACAGUAGAUAGGUUGCAUGACCCUGGAGAAUCAUGGUGACCA